AUGAAUGAGUUUAUGCUGCAGGUUCUGUUUAACGCUGUAAAGAAUGAAAACCCUGAUAUCGUUGAGAAACUACACAUCAUCGGCGGAGAUGUGAGUGAACCACGGCUCGGCCUGUCCGACAGUGACUACGAGCUGCUAACUGACAAAAUCAACGUCAUUCUUCACGUCGCAGCUUCGAUCAACUUCAUCGAGCCUCUCAGAUAUGCUGGUGCUCUGCCAGAAAGUGCCAAACACCUGCAGGCCAUCGCUUCACACUUCUACAGCAUUUGUCGACCAAGCCUUGAAGUCAUAGUAAGCAGAAAUUCUACGAAUUCAAGGGAGACUAUAAUGACGUCAUCGCCACUGUUCUGGACAUGCGACGACGCGGCAGCGGAAACGUGUACCCCAGAGCUCUUUUGCGACGCACCAAACACCUACGUCUACACAAAACACAUGGCAGAAUGCGUGUUGGCGGACGAGGCGAGUGACCUUCCCGAUAGCUAUCGUCAGGCCAACCUGGUGACCUCCACGUGGAAGGACGACCUAUAA